AUGGCAGGAGGCCCUUCUGAAAAUAUUUCAGAGGCUACCUCGAUAUUGCCGGUAUGUAAUCGUUGGAGCAAUAAAGAGGGUAUCAUCAACGUGCACCUCGUCCCACACACUCAUGACGACCUUGGUUGGAUAAAGACCGUCGAUGAGUAUUACUAUGGAGGGCUUAUGUCGGAGUCGCGAGCCUUCAAUUUCAUCAACGUAGCCGAUCAGAUUCGUUGCCCUGCGACAAUGCUGCUACUCGACCAGCACAUACCAGGUUAUUGUUCAGGCCAAGUGGAGAUAGUUGGUGGCGGAUGGGUUCAAAACGACGAGGCAGCCACACAUUACGUCGACAUUGUCGAUCAAAUGUCCUUUGGACUAAAGAAACUCGAGCAGUUGUUCGGCCAGUGUGGCAAACCAGAAACAGCAUGGCAGAUUGAUCCGUUCGGUCAUAGCAAGGAACAAGCCAAUUUGUUUGCUAUGGACCCGCUAUUAUGUGGUCGUUUCUUCGAAAGAGUUGCGCAAUGGAGCACAGGAAUUCAUGGGCUACACCUCAGUGUUCUUCGCCCGACAACACUAUUUAGAAAAAGAAGCUCGAUUGGUAAAAACAAGAGUCUGGAGUUUAUUUGGAACACUUCCGAUGAUCUAAAGACGCAGAUUUUGGGCGGCUCCUUUUUCCAAGACGACUAUGGACCACCGAAAGGUUUCUGUUUUGACGCUCUGUGCGGAGAUGACCCGAUCAUGGACAAUCCUGACCUCGAAGGCUACAAUCUGGACGAGAAAAUAAGCGCUUUUGUGACGCAUUCGUCAUUCCUUCGUUCAUCUCACGUAAUGCUAUUGAUGGGAAGUGACUUCCAAUAUACAGACGCCAACACAUGGUACACGAAUCUGGACAAGCUGAUACAACAUGUGAACGGGAAUGCCACCCACGGUCUGCACGUGUUCUAUUCGACUCCGUCAUGCUAUGUGAAAGGCCUCACAGAGUCAUCGACUACACGUUUGCCCACAAAGGAUGAUGAUUUCUUUCCGUGA